AUGUCGUUCAUCAUCGAAGGUAAAAAAUGUUGGACCAAGUACUGGAUUUGGGGAAACGCAAAUCUCUGCGGAAGUUCUUGUGUUAGUGAGAAUAUACGUUCCCUUGGCAAACGGAAAUAUGCAGAUCAGAUGUUAUGGGUAGUUCGUGUAAUUUCUACGUACGUUACUUUUUAUAAAGCUGAGAUUCCUGCAAGGUAUCUAAUGGAGCUUGAUAAAGGCCUACCACAACGACAGUCAGUUAAGAUUCAAAGAUGGCCGGCUAAUAAUGAUUUGAGAGCUGGUUUCGAUCUCGCAGAGCCAAAUGGACGACGAAGUGUAUUGACAGCAUUUGCCAAAAUUCGGAGUUCAUUUUUGCAUGAGAAUGAUGAUUAA